UACAUGUGUGGCCCACAUGCAACCUGUGCAAAAAUAUUACUUACCUUUUUACACGUGAAGUGCAGCGAUAAAUAGGAGCUGUUGUAGUCAACGCCUAUUGGACCUACGAAGUGUUAUGACAUUGGCGUUUUCCACUUACCUACCUACCACAGCUGGAUGGUAGCCAUUGUCUCACUGGACUUGGAAACCUGUACUAUUUCUACUCAACAAUCCAGCCUGCAACUACAGUAAUGGAUGAGCAAGAGAUUCUGUGUAAACUAGAAAAUAUGAAAGAAAUAAGAAAUAAAACUUUACAAAUGGAGAAACUCAAGUCUCGGUUGAAGAGUGAAUUUGAGACUUUGGAAUCUGAAGAAAAGCAUCUCAAGGAGUACAAACAAGAGAUGGAGCUUUUGUUGCAGGAGAAAAUGGCCCAUGUUGAGGAACUCCGGCUCAUCCAUUCAGACAUUAACGUGAUGGAGAACACCAUAAAGCAGUCUGAAAAUGACCUGAACAAGUUGCUAGAAUCAACUCGCCGACUCCACGAUGAAUAUAAGCCUUUAAAAGAACAUGUUGAUGCACUGAGAAAGACUCUUGGUUUACACAGACUUCCAGACCUCACUGAUGAAGAGGACAGGUUGUCCUUAGACUACUUUGAGAAACAAAAAGCAGAGUGGCAGACUGAGCCCCAGGAUCCCCCUAUCCCAGAAUCCUUGGCAGCUGCUGCCGCAGCAGCACAACAGCUUCAGGUCGCUAGGAAACAAGAUUCCAGACAGCCGGCCACAUUCAGACAGCAGCCGCCACCCAUGAAGGCGUGUCUCUCCUGUCAUCAACAAAUUCACCGCAAUGCUCCAAUCUGCCCUCUCUGUAAAGCCAAGAGUCGCUCAAGAAACCCCAAAAAGCCUAAGAGGAAACCUGAUGAAUAAUGUUCACAUUCUCUCCUGUCUGCGCUUUCCAUAGACCCAAGGCAUGAAGUAAGAUUCAUUUUAUGAAGGGAGAUUUUAGGAGAUGGACUCAGAAAUACUUGGAAAAAGCUAACCUUUGUAAAUCUGUAGUUAAAUACUGCAGGCAUUAACUAGGAUCAUGAUACUUGAAAUAUUUGAAGGUAAUUCACAAAGAAAACCUUUUCUCGGUUUGUGGUCAGAGAUGGAGUCUUCCGUUGAUCGAUAUCGUUGUAACAUGCAGUUCAUUAUAUUAUGUGAGGGAUACUCAGCCUUAACUGCUUAUAUAUUCAUGCUCAGUAAUGUUUUGUCUCACAGCUCACACAUUUGCCACAAAGCCAUCUUACUGAACUUUUACAUUUUGAGACAUUAAGUGUUACAUCACAUUAAGUGUUAUUAUAAUUUUGUGUACAAGCUGGUUGGCCAAGCGAAUAAAAUACAAAUACAGAACAGAGGCCAAGACCAUUUGUAAUUCCAGUAGUGACAUGACUUUAUUUUACCAGACAUUGUCCUGGUAUAUAUUAGUUUUUCAGUCAUGUAUUGUUCAGAAUUUGAUGCCUUUAUUUCUGCGCUGUUAAUUAUUCAGUUGCUGUUGUUAUUUUUCUGUCUUUUGUAGCCUUUGAAUAUUGUUUCACCAUAGUUUACCUAACUAAAAAUGACUGAGGGGCCAGUAUUAAUAUGUUUACCUCAACACAUAAAAACACACUUGAAGAGUUACUUAUUCCUCUACAUGGAAUUGAUGUAAGUGUGCAAAUUAAACAUUUGCCUUUUUGCUGUGGAAAA